GUUGAGGUGCGAUCUCGUCACCAGCAGUUACUGUCGUUAAUAGAAACUUAAAAAAUCGAAAGAAUCACAGCUAAAAUAAUAUUUGUGUCUGUGAGCGCUGUGAAGAAAAAAAAAUCUUUUAGUUUAGAAGAAAAAACCGGAAGAUUUGUAAAUUUUCAAUAAAAUAUAUAAAAGUUGUAUUCAUUUGAAUUGGAAUUCAACUUUAUGAGUCACGGGGUGCGGUAUUCCACGCACGAAUUUCAAAAUAAAUAAAUUUGCACUGUGAAACCGGACAAUCAACGAGAAGAAUAAGAAAUUCCCAUCGCAUUUGUGCGAUCACAUUUCUCUCAUAUGCUAUGCUUAUAGCGGAUCCCAUGUAGUGGUUUUGUGUGCCAUUUGUGUCAAUUAAAUUUUAUCAUCAGUUUGAAUGAAAAGUGUUGGAAAAUCGUGUUUGAAUAUUUAGUAAAACACACCACAAAUGCUAUACGCGUUUUGGCAUAAUAAUACAAAGUGGUGAUGAUAGUGAGGAAGAGAGAUACAAAAGGAAACAAAGAAAUGGUGAAAUGCAAUAAAAUACAAUAAAUAAACUACUUUAUUAUCACUCACAAUAUAACUUAUAUUGGUGAAGAAGAUUUAUGACUUUUUAAAGUGUGGAAAUUACAGUGUUUUUUUUUGGGUAGAAAUUUUAACACAUUAAGAACCGAAGAAGAUGUAUUCAAGACGAUAUGGGGGACAAUAUGAACCGGGUGGGUAUUCGAGUCAGGUGCAACAGAGGAGUAACAUGACACAGCGCGAGGGAAUACACAAGUUUGAGAAUGAGAGAAUUAAGACACUGCAGGAGGAGCGGAUGCACAUACAGAAGAAAACAUUUACGAAAUGGAUGAAUUCCUUCUUGAUAAAGGCAAAAAUGGAAGUUAAUGACCUCUUUGUGGAUUUGGCCGAUGGAAUAAAAUUGCUGAAAUUACUUGAAAUAAUUUCGGGUGAAAAAUUAGGAAAACCAAAUUCGGGACGAAUGCGUGUGCACAAGAUUGAGAAUGUGAACAAAAGUUUGGCUUUUUUGCACACAAAAGUCCGCCUUGAGUCAAUUGGGGCGGAGGAUAUUGUCGAUGGGAAGCCACGGCUGAUUCUCGGUCUCAUCUGGACGAUUAUUUUGCGAUUCCAAAUUCAAGAGAUUGAAAUUGAUGUGGACGAGGAGAAUGAAUCGAGUGAGAAGAGAUCGGCCAAAGAUGCACUACUGCUGUGGUGUCAGAGGAAGACUUAUGGGUAUCAGGGGGUACACAUACAGGACUUUACGGGCUCCUGGCGCUCGGGGAUGGGCUUCAAUGCGCUCAUUCAUUCGCACAGACCUGACCUCUUUGACUACACCUCACUCACACCGGGGCGUCACAUUGAGAACCUCAAUCAUGCCUUUGAUCUGGCCGAUCGGGAGCUUGGUAUCCCCAAAUUGCUGGAUGCUGAAGAUGUGGAUACAACUAGGCCGGAUGAGAAGUCGAUUCUCACCUAUGUGGCAUCGUAUUAUCACACCUUUGCACGCAUGAAGAAUGAGCAAAAAAGUGGGAAACGAAUUGCAAAUAUUGUGGGGAAAUUAAUGGAUGCAGACCGGAGAAAGAUUCACUAUGAGAAGCUCACAACGAAUCUUCUCGAGUGGAUUCGCCUCAAGACAGAUGAGCUCAAGCAGAGAAAUUUCCCCAACUCCCUCGAAGGUAUCCAGAAAGAGUUGGUCAUCUUUAAGCAGUAUAUUACGAUUGAGAAGCCACCAAAAUAUAAGGAACGAAGUGAAAUUGAAGCUUUGUAUUUUACCAUAAAUACCCUACUUAAGUCCCUGAAUCAGCCACAGUAUAUGCCGCAGGAGGGACAAUUGGUGAAUGAUAUUGAGAAGGCAUGGCAAAUGUUGGAAGAUGCCGAGCAUAGGCGGGAGGUUGAUUUGCGCGAAGAAUUGCUGCGGCAAGAGAAGUUGGAGCAGCUAAAUUAUAAAUUUGAAAAGAAAUCCGUCCUGCGUGAGGGAUACCUCAAGGAGAUGAUUCAGGUGUUGUCAGAUUCACGCUAUGGGGCGAAUUUGCGACAGGUUGAUGCCACUGUGAAGAAGCACGAAGCCAUUUCGGCGGAUAUUCUGGCACGUGUUGAGCGUUUCAAUGAUCUCACCGCAAUGGCGGAUGAGUUGAGUCGUGAGAACUACCACGGGAAGGAGAGGGUGAAGAAAAGGGAGGAGGAGGUGCUCAAUAAAUGGCAGAAACUCCUGGAUCUCCUUGAGAAUCACAAAAAUAAUCUCACGCAGAUGAGUAAUUUGCUCAAUAUGCUGCGGGAGAUUGAUGCCACAAUGUCCACAAUGAAGGAGCUCCAAAUGCAAUUUGCCUCUGAGGAUGUUGGUCCACAUCUUUUGGGUGUUGAGGAGCUCCUACAGACGCACGCUCUGCAGGAACUCCAAGUGACUGCCCUUGGGGAGAAUCUACGACGCUACGUACGACAGUGUCAAGCGCUGAAGCAGACAAAUCAAAAGGAUAUCCCACUGCUGUUGCAGAAGAUGGACGAACUGGAUGAGACGUAUAAGAAUUUGCAGAAACAAUCAGCUGAGAGACGUGCAAAACUCGACGAUGCCCGAGAUUUCUAUCAAUUCAUCGAAGAUUAUGACAAUGAGGAGAGUUGGGUGAUUGAUAAGCAGCGUAUCUGCAAGGCAGUCAUAUCGGCAAAGGAUCUUCGGGCAGUGAUGUCACUGCAGCAGAAGCACAAAGCACUCGAAGAUGAGAUUAAGGUGCGAAAGCCAAAGCUGACCCAAAUCACCGAUUCGGGUAGGCGAUUAAUUGAAGCCAAGCACACGAGAUCAGCUGAGUUGCAACCACGCAUCGAUGCACUGGAGCAACAUUGGAAGGCACUCGAGAGUCUCGUGGAGUUCCGGAAGCGUCAGCUUGAAGAUGAAAUUGAAGCGUAUCAAUUCUACACGGAUGCCAAUGAGGCAGAGUCGUGGUUGAAUGAGAAAAUGGCCCUAAUGGCAUCCACGGACUAUGGGGUCGAUGAACCAUCGGCACAAGCAUUGCUGCAGCGACACCGUGAUCUUCAGGGUGAAUUGAAUGCCUACUCGGGUGAUGUGCUCAAUUUGCGGCAACAAGCUGAGAAUCUCAUAAAGGCGGGUAUUAACAAUUUGGAGCUAUCUGCUGAACCGGAACCCCCAGUGCCUGAAGUAGAGCAGGAAGAGUGGGUGAAUGAGAAGAGGCUCGUACCCAAAGAGGUGUGGGAAGAUGAGGAAGUUGAGAAGAUUGAGCGACGUAUGGUGACGGAGGAGAAGCUCUUCCCGCACGUGAAAGCGCUCUACGUGUUUGAGGGGCAGGGCAUGAAAAUGGCCAAGGGUGAGGUGAUGAUCCUCCUGAAUAAGACAAACAAUGACUGGUGGUCUGUACGGAAGAUGGAUGGCAAGGAGGGCUUUGUCCCUGCCACGUAUGUGCGUGAAAUUGAACCACGCACCGUGGCGUGUAUUGUGCCGAAGCUGGAGAAGGUGAAGACGGUGCAGAAGGUGAAGAAGACGGUGCUAGUCAAUCAGGUGGUGCCAGUUAAGCGGGUCCGUCCGACGAAUGUGUCCCAAAUCAAGCCACUCACGAAGCGUCGUCUCGUGAGUGAUAUCGUCGAAGGGGGUGAGAGUGUGGAGAAGAGACUGAAGAAAAUCUGCACAACAUACGACACACUCCAAGAUCUAGCUCAACGUCGUCAUCAUCUUCUUGAGGACUCAAUUUGCCUCUUUGGCUUCUUCCGGGAGUGUGAUGACUUCGAAAAGUGGAUCAAGGACAAGGAGAAGAUGCUGAAUAACAGCGAUAGCAGUGAGAAUGUUGAAAUAGCCAAGAGGAAAUUUGAGAAAUUCCUCACAGAUUUGUCGGCAUCGUCAAAGAGAAUUGAUGCACUUGAUGCAGCUGUUGAAGACUUCAUCCAGCAGGGGCAUUCGCAGUUGGACAAAAUUAAGGCUCGUCAGAAGCAAAUUCACCAAAUGUGGGAUCAUCUGAACUACUUGAAGGCUCAGAAGGAGAAGAAUUUAGCCGGGGCAUCGAGUGUUGAGCUGUUCAAUCGUACGUGCGAUGAGGCAAAGGAUUGGAUGAAUGAGAAAAUGAUGCAAUUGGAUGCGGCUGAAUGGGGGAGAGAUUUGAAGACAGUUCAAGCCCUUCAGCGACGUCAUCAGAACUUGGAGAGAGAGCUGGCGCCAAUACAGGAGAAAGUGAAUCGUGUUAACCUGCUAGCGAGCUCCGUGAAGGGCUCCUACCCGUCAGAGAGGGCAAAUGUGACGCAGCGUCAAAAUGAAAUUCAAGACAUCUGGAAGAAUGUGCAGAAUAAGGCGAAUGAACGUCGGGCACGACUUGAGAAUGCCGUUGGGCAGCAAAUCUUUGAGAAUAGCAGCAAGACUCUCCUGUCGUGGGUUGAGGAGACAACGGGAGUCCUCAAUGCGGACAUAAUUGCCAAAGAUGUGGAGACAGCAAAGAACCUGCAGAAGGCUCAUAUGGAUUUGGGUGAUGAGAUUCGGGCGAAGGAUGAUGAAUUCCAGGAAGUUACCGCCCUCGGAGCCCAACUCUAUCAAAGAAAUCCCAAAUUGAAGGAAAUUGCCGAGAUGAAUGAGAAUCUACAGCAGGCACAAGCAAAUAUUCAUGCCAUGUGGCCAGAAAAGCAGAAAUUCCUUGAGAAUUGUCUCGAACUUCAAAUAUUCAAUCGUGAAGCUGAUAAAAUUGAUGCAACAACAAAGAGUCACGAAGCUUUCAUUGAGCAAAAAGACCUCGGGACGUCUCUGGAUGAGGUUGAUGCAAUUCUCAAGAGGCAUGGUGACUUUGAGAAUACCUUGGAGGCACAAAAUAAAAUUCUCCGUGCUUUCAAUGAUAAAGCCAAUCGUCUCAUUGCUGGGAAGCACUACGCUGCGGAUUACAUUGAUGAUAGAAGAAAUCAAGUGCUUGAUCGUCGUCAAGCUGUCCGGGAAGCGGCACAGAAGAGAAAAUACGACUUGCAGGCUUCAAAGGCUUUCCAGCAAUUUGCAGCUGAAGUUGAGGAUCUCGAUACGUGGCUCAAUGAGAAGAUUAAGGUGGCAGGAGAUCAGAACUACAAGGACUUGUCCAAUCUUCCGCGAAAGAUUCAGAAGCAUACGGCUUUUGAGAGGGAGUUGCGAGCCAAUGAGGGACAAUUGCGUAACAUAAAUAAGGACGCUGAUGCUUUGAUCGCAACAAAGAACAACGUUGAUCGCGUUGAGGAGAUGGUUAAUGGACUCAACAAGAAGUGGAAGGACUUGAUUGCACUGUCAGGUGAGAAGGGACGAUGCCUUGAACAGGCAGCAGCUCAGCGUGAUCACAAUCGCAGCAUUCAGGAUGCAAAGGAUAAGCUGAAGGACUUUGAGAAUGGUCUGCAAAGUGACGACGUCGGGCAUGAUCUCCGUAGUUGUCGAGAUCUCCUGAAGCGUCAUGAAAUCAUUGAGACCGAUAUCAUAAUGUGGGAGCAAAAGAUCUACGAAUUGGUGACGUCGAGUGAAGAAAUGGCCCAUGAGGGGCAUUUUGAUGCACGCAACAUCCAGAAGGAGACGAAGAACAUCCAGAAGAAUAUUAAAGACCUCAAAGUUCCCAUGGAGAAGAGGAAACAGGCUCUGGAGGAGAGUUUGCGGUACCACAAGUUUGGUUUUGAAUUGGACACUGAGCUGCAGUGGAUCAAUGAGCGACUCCCCACGGCAAGAUCUGAAGGCCUCGGGCAGAAUUUGCAUCAAGCACAGAGUAUGUUUAAGAAGCACAAGAAGUUGGAGUCUGAAAUUGAGGGGCAUCAACCAAUGAUAACCAAAGCAUUGACAUUUGGGCAGAGUCUCAUUGAGCAGGGACAUCCGGAAGAGAAGAAAAUUGAGGAAUUAUGUAGGAAUCUCGAGCAAUCUUGGGAAACGUUGCUCGUGGAAGCGGCCAAUCGUACCAAGAGACUCGAAAUCUCCCUCAAAACUCAGCAAUAUCUCUUUGAAGCGAGUGAUAUUGAAACAUGGCUCGGUGAGAGGAAUAAUUUGCUGAGAUCCGAUGACUACGGACGUGAUCGGGAGUCUGCUACGAAACUCCUGACAAAGCACAAAGCUCUAGAAUUGGAACUUGACACCUAUUCGGGGAUUGUAUCAGAGAUGAGUCAUACAGCAGCUGCUAUGGUUGCUGCAAAGUAUCCAGAUAGCAAGGUUAUUGCAUCGAAGCAACAAAUGAUUGAAUCCAUGUUGAAAUCCCUCCAGAAAUUGGCAGCACAGCGUCAGGUUAAAUUCAUGGAGAGCCUCUAUCGGUACGAGUACUUCUUGGAGGCAAAUGAACUUGAACAGUGGAUAAAUGAGCAGGAACAAGCUGUGUCAUCGGAUGACUAUGGGCAGGAUUAUGAGCAUCUGCAGGUGCUGCAAAAUAAAUUUGACGAUUUGAAGCAUCACAUUGAAUCCGGAACUGAGAGGUAUAAGCAGUGCAUUGAAUCCGGAAGGAAGCUUCUUAACAAUGAAUCCCCCUAUUCGGCGGCAAUUGAGAAGCGUCAGGAAGAGCUAGAUGUGGCAUGGAAGAGUCUUCUGAAUUCCGUUGUGGAGCGAGAGCAGAAACUCGCAGCUGCUGGAGAGAUUCAUCGUUUCCACCGAGAUGUGGCUGAAGCUCUAUUCCGGAUACAGGAUAAGAAUGCGAGUCUUUCGUCGGAACUUGGGAAGGAUCUCAAUUCCGCCCUGUCCCUCAUUCGACGUCAUGAGGGCUUUGAGAAUGAUUUGGUGGCUCUUGAGGCACAACUUCAGGUCCUCGUGGAGGAUUCAGUGCGCCUGCAGACGAAGUAUCCAUCAAAUGCCGAAGCAAUAGCCCAACAGCAGCAGAAUGUGAUUGAAUCGUGGAAUAUUCUCAAAGAAAAAUCAACUUUGCGCAAUGAUCAAUUGGCUGCAAAUUACGAUCUUCAGAGUUUCCUUGCUCAAGCACGAGAUCUCCUCCUGUGGGCCUCCAAUCUCCGUGCAGCUCUACAAGCUGAGGAGCAUGUGAGUGAUGCAGCUGGAGCUACAGCACUGAAAAUUCAACAUGAUGCCAUUUACGGUGAGAUUGAGGCGCGUGAAGAGAAAUUCCGGGAAUUGAAUGAGCUGAGUGAUUCAAUGGUGCAAACGGGACACUAUGCAGCUGCAGAGGUUGAGGACAAAUGCCUAAUCCUCCUGGAUGAACGUCAAAAGCUCCACACAGCGUGGAAUAAGAAGAAAAUUCUUCUAGAGCAGAAAAUUGAUCUUUUCUGCUUCCUCCGGGAUGCAAAGCAAAUUGAUAAUAUUUGUUGCUCCCAGGAGGCCACGUUGUCCACAUCGGACUUUGGGAAUACCAUUGAGGAGGUUGAGAAUCAAAUAAAGAAGCAUGAAGCCUUUGAGAAACUCAUUCAGACACAAGAUGAAAAGGUUGCGUUGCUGCAGAGUCACGGGAGGAAGCUUGUUGAGCAGAAUCACUACGAUUCGGCGAAUAUUCAAAAAGUCCUCAAGGAUGUUGUUGAGCAUAGGCGCAAGGUGGUUGAUUUGUGUGCCAUCCGGAAGCAGAAACUCAUUGACGCCCUUCUCUAUGCGCAAUUUGUGAGUGAUUGUGCCGAAGCUGAGGCGUGGAUAAGUGAGAAGCUGAAGAAGCUGGAGGUUGAUGAUAGUUACACCGACGUGACGAGUUUGGAGGAUAAAAUUAAGAAGUUGCAGAAACAUCAAUCCUUCCAGGCUGAAGUGGCGGCAAAUGAUCAAAGAAUUAAGGAGAUUCAGGACAAGGGUGAUCGCCUGAUAAAGAAGAAACACGAAUCUUCGGAAGAAAUCCGCAAAGCCGUACGAAAUGUCCUCAAAUACUGGAAUCACCUACUUGAGGAACUCUCAAAGCGUGGUCGUGGCCUGGAGGAGGCUCAAGAUAUUCUUGAAUUCAACAAUCAUCUCGAUAAACUCGAAGCCUGGAUCAGGGAUAAGGAGCUCAUGGUUAAUGCUGGUGAUACGGGAAGGGAUUUGGAGCAUUGCAAUGCACUGAGGAGGAAACUAGACGACGUAGAUUCGGACAUGAGAGUUGAUGAUCAACGUAUAAAGAAUAUAAAUGUCCUGACGGAUAAACUCCUCAGUCAGGGGCCGAAGGAAGUGAAGAAUGUUGAGCAGAGACGUGAUAAUUUGAACAGUAAAUGGAAGGCUCUUCAAGGGGCACUCAAUGCGUACCGGAAACUCCUCGAAGGUGCUUAUGAGAUUCACGUUUUCAAUCGAGACGUCAAUGAUACAUCCGAAAGGAUCACGGAGAAAGCAUUGGCAAUGAAGAUAGCUGAUGUUGGAAGGGAUUUGAAUGCCGUUGAGGGGUUGCAACGGAAACAGGAAGCACUGGAGCGUGAUAUGACGGCUAUUGAGCAGAAAUUGAAUGAUCACAGUAAUGAGGCAACCCUUCUCAUCCACACCUACCCACAGCGGAAGGAAGACAUUCAGUCGAAGCUGCAGGAAGUGCACGAGCACUGGAAUGCCCUUCAGGAGGCAACUGAGAAGAAACGAGAUCUCCUCCGGAAUGGCUAUAUUCUGCACAAGUAUGCUGCUGAUGUGAGAGAAUAUGAGAAUUGGGUGAAUGAUAUAAUGAAGAAGAUGGAUGCUGCACCAAAUCCAAAGACAAUUGAUGAGUCCGAAAUUCAGUUAGAGCUACAUCAGGAGCGAAAAGCUGAAAUUGAUGGACGCGAUGAGGCCUUCAAGGUGCUACAGAAGCACGGGAAGGAGUUGAUAAAUUUGGAAGAAGCAAAGAAUAUUAAAAUGAUUGAUGUCUCGAAGAAUCUUGAGACACUCGAAGGGCUGCACAAGAAACUCCACACUGCAUGGCAGAAUCGUGCUGAUGGUCUCAAGGGAACGCACCAGAUUCUCCUCUUUAAGGCGCAAGCCGAUCAAAUUGAGGGUUGGUUGAGGAAUAAAGAAGCCUUCCUCAACAACGACGAUCUCGGGGAUUCCUUUUCAUCCGUUGAGGUGUUGAUUAAGAAGCACGAAGCCUUCGAGAAGCUCCUCAAUACGAAUCAAAUUGACGAAUUGAAAGCUUUUGGGGAUGCCGUAAAGUCCUCCAGGUGCAUCGAUCAACGAGCCAUUGAGCAGAGAAUUGAUGAAAUUCAGGGGAGAUAUGAGAAACUAAUAGCAACGUCAGCAGAGCGUAAAUCAAUGUUGCAGCAAUCACUGCAAUAUCAGGAAUUCCUUCGUAAAUUGUACGAAGUGGAAAAGUGGUUGCAUCAGAAAAUGCAAGUGGCAUUGGAUGAAAAUUACCGUGAGGUGAGCAAUCUGCAGAGUAAGAUCCAGAAGCAAUCAGCCUUUGAUUCGGAGCUCAAUGCAAAUGUCCAUCGAAUUAAUGUUGUCAUGAAGGAGGGUGAGAAGUUAAUUGAUGAGAAUCACUACGCAAGGGAAGAGAUCCUUUCGCACCUUGAAUUCCUCGAGACAGAAUGGGCCAAAUUGCAGGAGUUGUCGCGUGAGAAGAAGGAGAGAUUGGCACAGGCGUACGAUGCAUUGAUCUUCGAUCGAAGUAUUACGGAAUUCAACAAAUGGAUGGAUGAAGUGGAAUCGCACCUAUCGAGUGAAGACUACGGAAAAGAUCUGGCAUCUGUGAAUAAUUUGCUGAAGAAGCAUGAAAUGCUGGAAGCUGAUGUGGCACAUCAUGCUGAAACGUGUGAAAGUAUGAAGAAGACAAAUGAGGAAUUCCUCCGGAUUAAUCACUUUAUGCAGGAAGAGAUUCACGAGAGGGUAAUGGUGACAAUCAAGAGAUACCAUUCACUGCAUGAACCAAUCUCGAUAAGACGGGAAAAUAUCGAAGAUUCCCAGCUGCUACAUCAAUUCCUUCGUGAUGUGGACGAUGAGCUGCAAUUUAUCGACGAGAAACUCCCAUUGGCUGCCUCAACGGAUCUCGGGAGCAGCCUAUCAGCGGUGCAGAGUCUCCAGAAGAAGCAUCAAGCUCUGGAGACGGAAAUUCUCUCCGAAGAUCCCAUUAUUUCAUCCGUUAUUCAGCGUGGACAUCAAAUGGUGCGUGACAAUCACUACGCGAAGAAUGUCAUUGAAGCUAGAUCGGGGAUGCUACAGAAGAAACUUGUGACCCUUCGUGAUUUGGCCAGUGUUCGUCGCCUUCGUCUCUUGGAUGCUGUUGAGAGUCAAAUUUUGUACACUGAAGUCAUUGAAGCGGAAACGUGGAUGAAGGACAAACUUCCAAUUGUUGCAUCGCAUGACUACGGGAAGGAUAAUGAUUCCGUGCAGAGUUUGCAGAAGAAACUCGAAAGUUUGCAACGAGAAUUAUCAGCCUUCCGGGCAAAUAUUGAGAAGAUUGAUAAUCUAGCUCAGGGCCUAAUUGAUCGUGGGCACUUUGACAAGGAGAAUAUUUUGGCAAAGAAUGAGAAUAUUAAGGAGCUCUAUGCGAAACUCUGUCGCCUUUCAACGGAGCGUGAUAAGAAGCUCAAUGAGAGUAAGAAGUACUUUGAAUUUAUCCGGGAAGUGGAUGAAUUGCAUGAAUUCAUCCAUGAUCAGAUCACUGUAACGGCAUCCGAUGAGUACGGGACGGAUGUGGAGCAUGUUGAGCAACUUAUUGCCAAAUUUGAUUCAUUCAUUUCCAAUUUAACUGCAAAUGAGGGACGUGUGGCAGCAGUAAUAGCCAAGGGGAAUACUCUGCUUGCUGAGAAGAAUUCCUACGAGCCACAGAUUGCGGUUAAAGUGACUGAGACAAAGCAGCUUUGGGAUGAACUGAAGGAGUUGGUUCAGGCACGUCAGGAAGCCUUGGCAGGUGCAAAACAAGUUCACGUGUACGAUCGUACGGCUGAUGAAACCAUAACGUGGAUCAAUGAGAAGGAAACGGGAUUAAUGUCUGAGGAUUAUGGACAAGAUUUGGAAUCAAUUCAAUCCCUUAUCAGGAAGCAUGAAGUGUUUGAGGCUGAAUUGGAAGCUGUGAAGAAUCAAAUGGAUAUUGUAAUGAAGGAGGCUACAAAGCUAGCUGAUACCUUCCCCGAUGCCAAGGAACACAUUGAGGUGAAACGUGAUGAGACGGUAGAAGCAUGGACGGAUUUAAUUGUCAAAACUCAAGCACGCAAAGAGAAGCUCCAACAAGCUGAACAACUUCAGGAAUACUUUGACAACUACCGCGAUCUAAUGGCAUGGAUUAAUGAGCAACUGGCCAACAUCACAGCUCCCGAUCUUGCCACAGAUGUUCCCAGUGCGGAAACACAGAUAAAGCAAUUGGAGGAGAAUAAGAAGGAGGUUGAUUCACGCAAGGAUGCCUUUGAGAAGUUCUACGAAGCUGGGAAAAUGCUCAUUGAUAAUAAACAUUUCCUCGCCAAUGAGGUGCGUCAGAAGGUGGGUGUGCUGGAGCAACGCUACAACUUCCUGCAGCACACACUGGUGGAGAGGAAGAAGAUCUACGAGCUGAAUCACGAUACGAGAAUCUUUAUGCGUGAGGCGGAAACACUGGAAAAUUGGAUUAAUGGACGUCAAUCGAUGGUGCGUGAUGUUGAGUUGGGUGAUUCAAUUCUCCAAAUUGAGGAUCUAAUAAAGCGUCAUGAUGACUUUGAGAAGACCGUAUCGGCGCAAGAGGAGAAAUUCAAUGCUGUGAAGAGGAUAACAAUGCUGGAGAAGUUGAUGAGGAAGCAGAAAGAGGAGGAAUUGGCGGCGCAAAAGGCAGAAAAGGAGCGUCUGGCUAAGGAACGUCUGGAGAGCUUGAAGCAGAAGGAAGUUCAGCGAAUUACGGAGGAGAGACGAAAGAAUGAGAAGCAGCAGGUGGAUAAGAAUGGACCAACGGACACUGGUGCGGGGGGUUUUGUCAAUUCCUCAAAGAGUCUCGUCUCAAUUCCCGGCGGCCAGGAAACCCCAACAGCAUCACCAAACCCCACGGCUCAGGCCACAGUACAAAAAUCCAAUUCAGUCACAACAUUCUUCGGUGAGCGCCUCCGUCGUGGCUCUGAGGGGAAUAUAAAGCGUGCUGAGAGUAUGAAAGUCGGCCCCAAGGUGCCCAAGAGGACCCCAAGUUUCACAACAAGACGACGCGCACAUAGCUUCAGGAAGGACAAGGAUAACAGCCUCCUACCGCCAAUUGAGGUUCAAGGCUUCCUGGAGCGAAAGCAUCAGCUUCAGAGCGCCGGGAAGAGGGCUCCCGUGCGUUCGUGGAAGAAUUUCUACACCAUUCUCUGUGGGCAGCUGCUGUGCUUCUUCAAAGAUGAGGAAGAUUGCUACCAGAAACGCGCAGCAACGGCACCCAUUAAUAUUCUCAAUGCCAAAUGCGAGAAGGCUGAUGAUUACACAAAGAGAAAGAAUGUCUUCCGUUUGGUACUUAUGGAUGGUUCGGAAUUCCUCUUUCUCGCCAACACGGUUCAUGAGAUGACAGAUUGGAUUAAUAAGAUUUCCUUCCAUGCAAAACUUCCGCCAAAUCUUCAACUUAUGAGCUAUGACGACACUCUCAAGCAAAUGGGAGAGGGAAGUCCCGAUGUGAAGAGUUUGACGGGAACGGAGGGCACAGAUGCAUCAUCACUGAGUUCACGUACAUCAUCCCCGGACUCCCAGGUGCGUGGAUCAAUGGAUAAGUCACCGAGUACGCCACAAAUAAACUUCCUGCAGCGGCAGAAGGAGCUAAAGGAGAUGAAUAAGGAGCCCCCGCAUACGGGGCAGAUGGAAAAGCCACCAAUUCCACCAAGAGGUGCCCCACCACCAGCCCCUCAGCGACAGAGUAGUACGCAAGAAGUUCAGCUGAGAAAUCGCAGCUAUUCCAACGGUGUUCCCCAGCAGGAUGGCGGUGGCUUUGAUGAAAGUAGUAAUUAUGAGAAUCAACAGAGACCGCAUUCCAUGUUACCUUCCAUGCAGAGCGCAGCAGCAAACAAUGGGGAUGAGACAUGGAUGCGCCAAAGUGAGUUCAGACAGUCAGAUAAACCACCACCACUGCCAGCAAGUCUACCACCAAUGGGUGCUGGGCAGUACAACAGACCGAUGACCCACCAUCCGGGAAAUUAUCACCCGGAAAGUUUGCAUCACAAUAUGCACCGCAUUCACCCGACGCCGAUGAGACAUCCGGCGGAAUUAAGUUAUGCAGCGGCAGAAGCAAGAACAAGUUGGGGCAAUUCACGGCACGACACCACGUCAGUCACCGUGAGACCAGUAUCAAUGCCACAAGAUCCCAACCGCUUCCGGACGUCGACGAAUGAAAGUUCCAGCGAAAGUGAAUCCGUACAGUCAAGCAGAUCCAGCGUGAGUGGAUCAGGGAAUGGCAAAGAGAAGAAGACGGGGAUGUUUAGAAUUUUUUCCAAGAAAAGGAAAUCCUAGACUGGAGACAACUAUAAAGUGAAGCAACUAUUUUUUUGUUUGUUAUUUUUUUUAAACAUUUAAAAAAGAAAGAAAAGUGAAUAAAAAAAAAAGAUAAAAAAUACGUAUUAAAAAUUCUCUUUAUAAAUAUUUUGUAACGUACAUUUAUACAUAAUAUUAUGUAUAUCUUCUAUAUAUAUAUUAUAAAUAAAUAAAUACAGAAAAAGAGAAAAGAUUGUUGAAAAAUAAAAGAAAAAAAUAAACCCUAGAAAAUAUUCCAAAAAAUAUCUUUUCUUAAAUUAAUCAUUGAAGAAAAAAAUAUAAAUGGUUUUGGGAUAGAGUUUAUAUUAUAUUAAUGAAAUAAUCUAUUUUCGCAAACUUUUAGUAUUACAAGAAAUUAUAUAAAUAUGUUUUCUAUAAAUUCACUUGUAUAUACAUAUCUAUCAUUUAAGAAUUUGUAUUACACCAUAAAAAUAUAAAUAAAUACAUUUAUUCAAUAAAUAAAA